CUGGAGUAGAAGAGCGGAGUCUUCAAGCUGCUGGAGGAUCAGUCAGGUAGCGAGAGGAGUGCGGGAUGGCUACUGUGCGGGAGAAAGCGGUAGCCCUAAACUUGUGCGGGACCUACAGCCCCAUGCAGCGACCUCCAGGUGCGACGUUGGGUCACAAACCGUUCAGGGCUACAUAUAUUUGGACUAGUAUCAUCCAUGCUCUUCAUACACAGGUGGAGGUGAAGAAAAGGAGGCUUCACCUGAAGUCUCACCAUGACUGUUUUGUUGGUUCUGAGGCUGUGGACGUUGUGUUUGCCCACUUGGUGCAGCACAAAUACUUUGGGGACAAUGACAUUCCACGAUCCAAAGUGGUGCGUGUGUGCCAAGCCCUGAUGGACUGCAAAGUGUUUGAGCCAGUGGUGACUUGUUAUGUUUUUGGAAAAGAGAAGAAACGUUCCUCUUUUGAGGAUAGUAGCUGUAGCCUGUACAGGUUUUCAAAUAGCCACUCUGUUGGUCGAGUAGAGAAUGGAAAUGGACGUUGUUCUCCGCAGGUCUGUGCCAGACAUGAACAGAAUGUGGGAUUCAAUUCAGCCCCUCUUCAAUCAAAAAGCUUAGAAGAUCUUUGGGCCAACCUCAGUCUAACUCCUGCAGAUCCAACACACAUACCUGUUGCUUCAGAUCUACCUCCUAAAGUGGUCAAUGAAGUCUGGCAGGAACAGACAAUCAGACGGCUUCUGCAGCUGGUGGACCUCCCCCUCCUGGACUCUCUUCUAGAAACUCCGCCAGGUGCAGCCCCCAGAACUCAGCCAGUGAAUGAACAAGAAUUAAUUAUAACCAGCAAUUACCUGGACCGAGAGAUCCUCAAGGCAUUCAGUGACUCACAGUCAGAUGAGUGGGUUUCUGCUGCUGUGGACUGCUUGGAAUUUUUGCCAGACACAAUGGUGGUAGAUGUGAGUAGAAAUCUUCCAGAGCAGCGGGAUAAAGAUGGCAAGUGGAAACUGCUUCUCUUUGAGACCAUUGGCAGAUAUUAUAACCAGGUCAGGGAACCUCUGGUUACAAACCACUUCUUUGACAUUCAUUCAGGCAUAGCUGAACUACUAGUAAAUGGAAAGACUGAACAAGCCCUAGAAGCCACACAGCUAUGCUUAAAGCUUUUGAAUUCCCAAAAUCGUGAGGAAUUUCGACGGCUUCUGUAUUUCAUGGCAGUUGCUGCAGAACCUACUGAACCCAGGUUGCAGGAAGAGAGUGAUAACAGAAUGGCCGUUAAAAGAACAUUCUGCAGAGCCAUUGUGAACAUAAAGAGUUUAUCGAAAGGAAAGUCUGAUCUAUUUAUUUUGUUUCUUAUUGACCAUCAUAAAGAUGUCUUCAAAAUCCCUGGGUCCUUGCAUAAGAUGGUCAGUGAAAAGCUGGUGGCAAUUCAGCAAGGGCGAGAUCCUGACAAAGACACAGGAUACACUUUCUGCCAAAGAAUGGACAAAAGCGAGUUUUCCACAACAUCUCAGAAAACCACAAAGACUGAACUCCAGGCACUUUUGCAGACAAUCUAUGAGAACCCUAAACUCUCACAUAAAGAGAAGAAGCGACUCUUGGGUCAGUUCUACAAAGGCCACCCAGAUCUUUUUAUCCAGUAUUUUGGUGACAGAGUGACCAGUGUCUGUUCAUAAAGUGGUGUUUUUUUUUUUUUUUUGUUAUGUACUGUUAAAUGUUUGUAAAAAAAAAAGCAAAGUUUAAUAUAUUUUGGUUAUCUUUAUAAUUGCGUCUUUUGCACAUUAAUAAAAAGAAAGUUGUUUGUAA